AUGUUGUCUUCAAAAUUCUUUCGAGGCCUCUGCGCCCUCUUCAUUCUCCUUCUCGGAGCCAGCUUCGCCACAGCCUCCCCGGUCGCCGUCAACGCGGAGCUAGCCGCCCGCACUCGAGCCGAAGACACCUCCGUCGCCGCCCGCGCCUCAGGCGGCGGCUGGUGCUGGCCCUUCUGCAACCCCUUCAACCGCGGCGUCCCCAACGCCCCAAACCGCUUCGACUUCCGCCCGCCCGCGUCAACAGCCCGCCCGCAAUACUUUGACACCCCGGACAAUCAGGUGACCCUCCGCGUCGAGACGCAGGCCACGGGCGCCGUACUGGUGACCGUCUCGGUCGGCACGCGGUACACCCUGCCGGCGCACGCCGAGAUCAAUGUGCGCCUUCUGGUGCGAAGUACACACAUCGAUUUCAACCACGCCAAUCUGGAGUUUGGGAGCGAGACGGCGGUUGUGAGGAUCACGCCUGAGCAGGCUGCUGCUUUUAGGAACGGGGAGAGGAGUGAGGAUGGGUCGUUCAAGAUUACGCUUUUGUAUAAGUUGGGGCAGGACUUGUGA